UAUUUGUCGGCGCAGGGCUCUGCUUGUUAUUAUACACAUUUUAUUUCUGUAAAGUGAAAAAGAGGAGAAUCUUUUGCUGAAAUAUAAAAAAAUUAUAAAAAACAAAAAGAUGCCGCGUGAUUAUGACCGUGAUUACACAAGUGAAGAUACUUCGGAUUAUAAACGUAAAAGACGUAAUGAUGAGGAAAAUAUAAAAGCGGAGACCGGAAUCGAUGGAGACGAAGCCCAGCAAACUGCAGUACAGCACGAUGCCCCGCCGCUCAAUGAGAAAACUGCAGCCUAUUUAGAGGAGUGUGUGCAAGAAAAAAGCUUACUGGACUCCAAUAAGUACAAUGUAUGUAAAAGGCUCUUGGAUGACGAAAUUGAACGCAUCUUAAUUAGUGGACGGAUACCGAAACCAGAGGUGUAUGCUAAUGUUUACAAUGAAAAACCUAUUAGAGUAGCCCAAAAAGUACUUUUUCCCAUAAAGGAGUAUCCAAAAUUUAACUUUGUUGGCAAAAUAAUGGGACCGAAAGGGAAUACUUUGAGACAAUUACAAGAAGAAACCUUUUGUAAGAUGACUGUAUUAGGGCGCAAUUCUAUGCGAGAUCAUGCCAAAGAAGAGGAACUUCGUAAUUCUGGGAAUCCAAAGUAUGCACACUUAAGCAGAGAUCUCCAUGUGGAGAUAUCCACAGUAGCUCCACCAUCUGAAGCGUACCAUCGGUUGGCGUACGCUUUGGCAGAGAUACGAAAAUUCAUGAUACCCGAUGCGAACGACAACAUACGGAUUGAACAAAUGCGCGAAUUGGACGGAAAAGAUCGCAUAUAUAAAAAGUCUCAUUACGCGAAAACGUAUGGAGACCACUCAGCUACAUAUGGCAGCAGAACUCCACCACCACCACCAUCAUUUGACAAGUCAACCAAACCAAAAGUAUAUUCCAUAUUGGAGAAGGCCCGUUAUGUUAUGGAGGAUCCAAGUUAUACUAUGAUAAAGUCCCAUAGGUCUCGAGAUCAUGAUCUAUAUGAUCACCCAAGUGAGUACGAUCGCUACGGCACACCGCCACCACCAUCUUCUUCAAAGCAUUCAAGUACACAUCAUGCUCCAUAUGAAAGUUCAUCAUACGAGCGUGACUACAGACGUGAUUACCACCCUCAUUCGUCAUCAUAUGCAGCAGCUGCUUAUGCAGCUAAAACAAGUAAUGGCCGUUCUUCGUCGUCUGCAUAUCGGCCAACAACAUCAACAUCACAUUCUUCAUCACACUAUGAGACUAGUGGAUCACGUUCCCGUGAAAGUGUUCGUUAUCGUUCAGCUCCCUAUCCAAAAAUACGUUAACAUCAAAAAAUUAAAAUUGAACAACACAAAACAAAAUGAAUUAAAAGCAAAAACAAAUAAAAUCUGUUAAAUAACUGAAGCUCCAACUACAUACAUGCAAUAUAUUGAUGGAUGUCAUCAAAACCUAACAAACAUAAUACAUAACUGGUUACAAAUAAUUAUUAAAACCUAAAAUAUAAAGAAAACUUUAAUUAAAAAGACAAAAGAACAACUAAAUUAUUUUAAAUUUAUCAUUAUAGACUAUUGCAAAACAAAAUAUAAUGUUUAAAUAAAUAAAAUGUAAUUAUUUUUUCCCAUAAACCCGACAUUAAGUUAAUUGCAUUCGCUCCGGGAAAUAAAGAUGUAAUCAUA